UCAGGCGGAAGAGGAAGUGCUGGUGACGUCUCUGUGCUGUGACCUGUCGGUGCCGCAUCUCUGUGCUGUGACCAGCGAGCUGCGUUCGGACUCCACCCGUGAGAAGCGUUGCUUUGGACAGCUUCCGGAUCAAACCGAAGAGCCUGUGAUGGCUGCCGUUGCUGCAAGAUGCGCUGUGUGCGGCGCUCGAGGCGACGUUUUGAAGAAGUGUGGAAAGUGCCAGCUCGUCUUCUACUGCAGUAGAGAGCACCAGAAGUUGGACUACAAGUUCCACAAGACCAGCUGCAAAUCACCACUUCCUGUGAUGGCUGCCGUUGCUGCAAGAUGCGCUGUGUGCGGCGCUCGAGGCGACGUUUUGAAGAAGUGUGGAAAGUGCCAGCUCGUCUUCUACUGCAGUAGAGAGCACCAGAAGUUGGACUACAAGUUCCACAAGACCAGCUGCAAAUCACCACUUCCUGUGAUGGCUGCCGUUGCUGCAAGAUGCGCUGUGUGCGGCGCUCGAGGCGACGUUUUGAAGAAGUGUGGAAAGUGCCAGCUCGUCUUCUACUGCAGUAGAGAGCACCAGAAGUCGGACUACAAGUUCCACAAGACCAGCUGCAAAUCACCACUUGUGGAGGACCUUACCGCGGUGGACCCGCUGAAUGUGCUCCGACACGAGGAGUUGCUGCAGAUUUGCUCGUACCUGCGAAGCACUGACCUGUUUGCAUUGCACCAGGUUAGCCCCGCGUGGCGGAAGGUGGUGUCUGACAAGCGGGCCUGGUGCAACGCUUCGCUGCGGCUGUCCAACCAUCCGAGUUGCCUGGGGGUGUUGCGCAUCGCGCCCUAUCUGCGCUGCGUGACCCUGCCCAGGGACCUGCCCCGGCGACUGCGCGCCGCCCUCUUGGACACGGCCGCUGAGGUGGCGGGGCUGCGCUGGGAGUACAGGGCGGCCCCCAAGGAAGUGCGGGACUUGGUGAAGCGGUUCGCCGCGCACCUCACGGCGCUGCACCUCGGCCCGGUGGACUGCCACGCCGUCCACCUGGUGGCCGCGGUGCCGCUGCAGCCGCUGCGCUCCCUGAGCAUCAAGACGGUCACCAGAGGCAACCACGACAACUUCACGGAGGUAGACGACAAUGGCAAGACCGUGAGGCAAUACUUUUCUUGGCUAGCCAACGAUCCCAAGGAUUGUGACGACUCCUGCUGGAACCCGAAGCCGCUCGUGCACCUCCUGGAAAACCACUGCAAGAGCCUGGAAGAGGUGGAGCUGGAAAAGUUGGCCACCUGGCAACGAAAGACAAACGAGGUGACGCGUGCCUUGGCCCGGUGCGUGUCGCUGCGCCGCGCCGUGCUGCCCUGCUCGUCGGGGCUGCCGCUGCUGGCGGAGCACCCGUCCCUCCGCUCGCUGACCGUGCUGAUGCGCUGCCACCUGGGCAAAGCGGACAAAGACUACCUGGGCCAUGGCGGCACCGACGACCUGGGCCCAGAGCACGACGACUGCCUGUCGGCCCUGCCCGCCUCGCUCGAGAGCCUCACGGUGGAGGCCCACUACAGCACGCUGGACGGCGAGGUGGAGGCGCUGGUGCGCCAGGCGCCGCGCCUCACCGCGCUGCGUUCCAUCACGCUGCGCUGGCGCCACUACGUGGCGCCGGGCGGGCCGCGGCGCCUCAGUGCCCUGGAGCUGGACCCCCGGCCCCGCCUCGCCGCGGCCUUCCCGGCGGCGCGCCUCACCUGGGACAUGCGGGUCGUCACCGACUACGACAAGAUGAUCACCGACAUGACCGAGUUCGACAACGGCAUCUUACCUUGAGUCCUUUAAAUGGCGAUGUUGAUUACACUCACAAGCUGUCAAUAAUGCAGUUGAUCUUGAAAGCUUAUAUUUUUUUAUUUUACUAGCUGUAUGCAGUUUAUCGUACAAGCUGUCAGGUUAAUCUUAAGAGCUGUUAAUAAUUAUGAUUCUGUUACCAGCUGUUAGUGCUGCACUUAAUCUUGCAAGCCGUAAGAUACAGUUAUCUUACAAGCUGUUUCUGAUAGUUAAUCGAAUAAAUAUUGAAAACAUGCAA